AUGGAGAAGCGGCGGAAGAUUCUAGCGCAGUGUCUGCGGGGUUGGAAGGAGAGGAAGGAAUCGUCGACGCGAGACUCCUUCUCCCUCCAAACUCUCUCGCGCACCUUCAUCGGACAAGAUCUUGCCAUCCGCCGAUCCACCAACAGGCUGCGCAACAGGUCCUUCUCCCUUCAAACUGAAUCUCCUCUUUCCUUCUCUCUCCUCCCCCCUCUCCUCCUUUCCCGUCUCCUCCCCUCCUCCUCUCCUCCACCCCCCUCUCCUCUUCCCUCCCCUUCUUCUCCCUCCUUUCAUGCCCCUUGCAGGUUGGAGGGAUGGGGCAGGAGAGACAAGCCCCUUGUCCUGGUCUUCUGGGGACCGUCGGGCACGGGCAAGACAGAGCUGGCGAAGCAGCUUGCUUCCAUCCUCCACAACGAGUCGGCAGCGAAGCUCCUGAGAGAGAAAAAGUUCGUCCAGAUCCCAAUGGGCCAGUACAAGGACGAGAACAGCGCCGCCAACCUCGUCGGCCCCCCCGUCGGCAUCGAGGGGAUGGGGCAGCUGACUGGUGCGCUGCUGCGGCAUCCGGACGCUGUCGUGCUCUUCGACGAGUUCGAGAAGGCGCAUGCAGAAGCGAUACCGGACGUGCUGCUGAGUGCUUUCGACGCCAGCGGGGCGCUGAAGGACACGAAGCUGGACCAGUACGUGCCCACGAACCGAGCGACGUUCCUGAUCAACACCAACAUGGGAGCCAAGAUCAUCCUCGAGCGAGCGCGGGAGCUGAUGGAGCUCGAGUCGCACGGGGAGGAGCAGGGGCUUGUGCAGGACAUCGACGAGCAGUUCACGAACCUGCUGCGUGAGACGAGCAGCAUGUCGAACCCCUUCGGACGAGCUGAAUUCCGAGGGAGGGUGGACGCCUGGAUCCCCUUCUACCCGUACUCGAACAAGGAGAAAAGGAGGGUGGUCGAGAUGGCUCUGUUCGAGCGGAUCUUCUCCUUCUACCUGCUGGAGGUUCACCCCAGGUGA